UUUCCUUUUCCGAAAGUUCAAGUAGGAAGUUGGGGGCUUGGGGCGUAUGAAUGCCAAUUUCGUAUAUUUAUGCUCUUUGCGUUCUUCGUCAUCAUCUUCUUCUCUAGUUCCGGUGCGUGGCUCCUUCAAAUAUCAGAAUCUAUCGAAGGAAAGAAAAAGGGGGGAAUCUUAAUUCAAAACCCUAGAAUUUGAAAACCCUCGAUUAGGAUUAGCUUGGUGAAAGGAACGGAAGAUUACACAGAGGGGCAAGAUGGAGGGUGAGAGCGAAGAACUCAGCAUGGAGGAGCUCGCUUCCAAUCUCUCUACAUACAGAGAACAGCUUGAUAGCGUUCGGCAACUUUUGGCUGAUGAUCCUGACAAUGCUGAAUAUGCAGACAUGGAGAAGGAACUUGGCGAGGAAUGAAAAUGUUGUUCAUCAAGCAACAUUAAUUAGCUGCUAAUAUCUCAAUGGAGUUCUGAUAUCGUAUCGUAUUUGAGUAAAGGUUUGCUAGAUGUCUUGUGAAGGGCAGGCCUGCUUCUCUACGCCACGUGUUAAAGAUCUUGGGAUUCUGUUUCUGUUAACAGAAACUACAAAUAAUGAUUAACAGUGGUGGUGUUCCUGUUUUGUAUCUCAGGGGAUUAGCUAACAUUCUGGGCGUUGCAGGUCAUUGCUUUAACCGAAGAACUCCUUGAAACUGCAAAGCAGAGUGAGGUCGUUGGAUCAGACAUUGGUGCUGGAAGUAGUGUGUCUCCGACAUUUGGUCAAUCUAAGGAAUUAGCAGACAGCUCUGAUCAAAUCGGGAAAUUUCCUGUGGGCUCUAGAGUUCAGGCUGUGUGGAGUGAGGAUGGAGAAUGUUAAUUGUUCAGGUAUGAUGCGACAGUUGAGGCAAUCACCCCGAACGGCUACUAUGUCGCCUAUGAUGAAUGGGGAAAUAAGGAAGAGGUGGAUCCUGACAAUGUUAGACCAGUUGAAACCAAUGCUCUGGUUGAGGCUGAAAGACUAGCGGAAGCUACUAAACAGGCCAUCAAAAGGAAGAUUGCACAGGCUGCUUCAUCUGAUUAUCAGUCACGCACUUUACCAGCAAAGCUUCGAAUACAACCUGAGGAUCCAGAGGAUGUGAAAGUGACAAAGCGGAAGAAGAUACAUGCAUUCAAGUCCAAGGUGAGGGUCGAGCAACUUGAAGUUGCACAGAAUAAACGCCAAAAUGCAUGGCAGCAGUUCCAGACUACUAAAGGGAAGACUAAGAAGAUCGGUUUCUUCUCGGGCAGGAAACGAGAAAGCAUAUUCAAGUCUCCAGAUGAUCCACAGGGUAAGGUUGGUGUGACCGGGAGUGGGAAAGGUUUGACAGAUUUCCAGAGGAGGGAGAAGCAUUUACAUCUCAAGGGUGGAUCUGCAGAAACCGACGAAUAGAGAGUGGUUGCUGUCUUCAGCUGUUCUGCUUACAUGUUGUCUAUUACUCUGAGUCAAAUACUCCUUAAUAUUCUCUGCGUAUGAGUAAACUGGUGGUGGGAGGCUUUGUACUUAACUGAGAUUCUUGUCUGAUGUGAAUUUGGAUGGCCAUAUGCGUGCUUCCCCACUGAACUUUAGAAAGCCAU